AUGUUCGGCGUAACUGCGCAUGUAUCUACAUGUACUGUACAUGUACAUACAUGCAUCAUACGAACUCAGGCUAGAUACUCAGAUACUCCGCGGAAACAGCUAAACAGAAAGGAAAGGAAUGUUAUUGAGAGGCAAAGUUGA